AUGUGGAUGCUACUGCUCCGGCUAUUCCUGUGUGUUCCCAUGAUUUUCCUGGUGGUGCAGCGUGCUCUGUGUGACACAGCAACAUUUUCCCCGGUACCCUCUGAUGACCAUUCACCUCCAUUCUCAUUCACAUCGCCAUCCUACGAUGCCAUUUUGGUCGAAAAUGGCAGCCCCGAACAAAUGGUUAUGCCAUUGACUUCUCACAUGGGAACACCGGAGCCAUUUGGGGGGAAUCCAUCUGGAACUGUGGAUUUUAAAAUACUCAGAAGUGGGAACGAUGAAAGAGCUUUCAUAGCGAGGUCGCGAAAACUCGGACGAUUCUUUUUUCUGCAUAUAUACACAGCUUUCGAGUCUGAUGUGACUCGUAGACAGUCAUCCUAUAUUCUGACCGUGCAAGCCGUGUUCUCAUCAAAGGUACUCGCUGGACUGACAUCAAUUGUACUUCGCAACGAAACGAAGAUCACGGUCCGUGUCAUUGAUCAAAAUGAGAAUUGUCCAUUCUUUUCUACAAUCAAUUAUCAUUUUACUGUCCGAGAGGAUGCUUCAGUUCAUCGACCUGUAGCUCGCGUUGUUGCCAAUGAUGCAGAUUCAGGUUUUAACGCACAGAUUUACUACUACCUUGAUCCUGCGGUGUCGGAUGUUCCAUUUCGUGUCGACACGUACACUGGUGAAAUAUAUCUAACCAAGAGGUUAACUCCGGAGUUUCACGAUCCUAUGCGUGGUCUGAGAUUUAUGGACACUCUAAGCGACCGUACAAAAUACGAAUUCAAUAUGUACGCCACUCACCGCGGAGCCAAAACACAUGUCAAUUGCAACAUAGUGAGUUUGGCCAAGGUUCACAUUCGAAUCUUGAAGAGCACACUAAUUCCGCCUACCAUAAUCGUAGAUGAGUUCAGUGACAUAAGGCUUCCUGGGGUCGUAGGAGUUGCUUACGCUCGCAUCAGUGUUGUGAAUCAGAAUUCAGCUCAGAGGCACCGACAUCAGCUGGAGAUAGUAGAACCGGGAAUGCGAAGCAAUUUCGAGUUAAUUCCCACUGGAAAGCCUUCCGAAUGGCUCCUACAGGUACGGAGAAAUCUGUCCUCAAUAUCUCUUAACGGUAAAAUCACACUAACACUGCAGGCGAGUGAUGAGAUCGAACUUGGUGACCUAGAAGAUUCAUCUGUUCUUACGACUCCACUAGUAUCGCGUUACGCCGUCAGCAUUCCAGUCUUAUCUAAAUCUACUUAUCGUAUCUACUUUCCCGGCGAGGUCCAUCUGAGCAUAUCAGAAGCGGAUUUGGUUAACUGUACAGUUGCAAUCUUGCAACCAUCUUUGACAUUCUUGAUGACAAAUUACAGCUUUCUGUACACGGAUUUGCGGACAACUGUAAGAGACAGCGGUCCAGAAUCUUCUAUAUUUCUAUCGCCUUCCGGAGCUGUGGUUGUACGACAGGCUCUGGAUGUGGAUGCGACAACAGUAAAUAAACCAUUCAUUCGCGGAAACAAUACCAGGAUCGUUAUCCCCUUUACGGUCGUUGAUCGAUUCAACUUGUUGAUCAGCAGUGCUCCCGAAUCUCGUCUGGUAAUCGACGUUCAGGACAUCAAUGACAACGACCCAGUUGUGAGAAAUAAUGCCUCAGUCUACGAAGUGCGGGAAGAUGCAGUUGUUGGUACUGUCAUUUUUCAUGUGGAUGCUUUUGAUCCUGAUCUUUCGCGUACUGACAUAUCAUUUUCGUUGUACAAUUCACAUAAUCUACCAUUUUCCGUGACACCACGAGGUGGAAUAUUGGUGGGAAAAGAACUGGACGCAGAAACAAUGCCCAAUGAAUUUACGCUUUACGUACGGGUAUCUGACUCGGGAUACCCGAUGCCCAGAAGUGUUUUAGCUGUUUUUACUGUGCAUAUUAUGGACAUCAAUGAACAUGCACCGCAGUUUGUAGAGCUGUCAUGCGAAGCGUGGUUAACGGUGACUCAUUCGGGUUCUAUAGUUCCAUCAUUGAGCAGUUCCGUGACCGGCCGUACGGUUGGUCGUUAUUUCGCCGAGGAUGCUGAUCGAGAUGGUCAGAGUAGUGUCACUAUUCGCUUGGCCACAUCUACCUUGUCGCGACCGUGCUUUCGAGUUGACGAAAACACGGGCGAGUUAAGUGUGAUAUGCUCUUAUUUGGGUCAACCAAACUCUCAAAUUAUCCUGACGCUUCUGGCAACUGACAGUGAUAAGAAUUCGGAGGUUCCUUUCCAACUUGUCAUCAACUUGGUCGCAGCUCGUGAUGAGCGGGGAAAUUUCACGCAACGUUGUCAGUCUUCCGAUAUCUACAAAGAAAUUCAAACGUUGAAGCAACGUCGGAAAGAGUAUGAACUUGCUCUUGGAUCCCUGUCAACUACAUUCAUUAGUUCCGAUAACCGUCAUCAACCCAAGUUUUCUUCUGAUUUGCCUAUGCGUCUACAUAUUCCCGAGAAUCUUCCUCUUGGUACGACUGUUCUACAGUUUGCUGCUUCCGAUGAAGACGUUGGGGACUACUCAUCCGCCGGACAGUUAAUUUAUGGCCUUGAAGCCAUCAAGGCGGUUAGUGUCGAAGCGUUCGCUCCAGGAUUUGGCGCUAGAAGGACAGAUGCCGACGUACACCAGGCUUUUGUUCUCAAACCACUGUUCUCCAAUGAAAAUACUUCUCUGAAUCUGCUCGGCUCGUCCCAUGGUAUGCGACUAGUAGUCGCUGCCCCUUUGGAUCGCGAAGUGAUUUCAAGUUACAGUUUGAUGCUGCAUGUCUGUGAUCUAGGUUCUCCUCCUCUGUGUAGCUCUUCCAUGCUCAACAUAUUUUUGGAAGAUCUAGAUGACAAUCCACCAGAAUUUUUAACAAAUUCACAAGAUGAUUUAUAUCAAGGAGUUUAUUCGACCAGUUCCAGCUUGCCGUUUUCGGGCCACGGCCCAACCCCACCAGGUGUUGUGCGCGUCCGCGAGAAUCUCCCGUCGGAUACCAAAAUAACUCAUGUAGUUGCCAUUGACCGUGAUGUCACCGAUGAGGUGCGAUAUCGCCUGCUGAAUUACAACGAUACCUUUAAGAUUCAUCCACGUACCGGUCGAAUCAAACUGUUGCGUAGUCUCGAUCGUGAAAAGCAGUCUACGUACGAACUGGUGGUCGAGGCUUACGGUCAACCACCACGCGAUUUCUCUCAGAAAACCGUCACACCACAGUAUAGACAGCUGCUUCGCCUGGCUCAGCCGGAUAGUCUCUCGUUUCACAGGCACUCCAGUACCACUCGGAUUGUGGUUCAAGUCAUGGAUGAGAAUGACAAUGCGCCCGUGUUUACUUCACCAGGGGAUUCUACUCACGUCGGUGACGAAACAACUCAGGAUGACCCAAAUGAGCCACAUCUAGAUGUUUGGUUUGGUAAAGAUGGCUACCAUUUGUCCAUUCCAGAAGAUAUGCCUGAAGGCGCCUAUCUUGUCACUUUGAGCGCACGAGACGCGGACGAAGGAACGAACGCAUUGCUAGCUUACAGUUUAUUUGGUAAUCCCAAAGACGUGGAGUGUUUCAGUGUAGAGCAAUUGACGGGAGUGGUAAAAUUGGCCACUAACUGCGAUCUGGCUGCGCGGCGGGGCACGUCUCUCAGAUUGACUGCCUGGGCUGUGGAUCAUGGUCAACCGCAGCAAUCGGCAAAUGUAUCGUUCUUGGUGAACGUGCUAGCCGUACGACUGAAUAUGUUCCCGCCUCGGUUUGACCCACAGCCGGCUCUGUAUUCAGGCUGGGUUGGUGAAAACAUGCGCUCAGGGAGUUUGGUUUUUAUGGAAAAGACUGGAAGACGUCCAUUGCAAUUAAAGGCCACCGAUCCUGAGGGAUAUGGCGUAAUCCUGGCCGUCAUGGGUGGAUCUGGACUUGGCUACUUUUACAUUGAUGAUAAUGGCCUAGUUAGAACAAUGCGUAUAUUAGACGCCGAAUCUGUACCGGAUGAAGGAGGCUAUUGGUUGACUGUUUAUGCUCUGAAACAACCUCAAAGUUCUUUCGGCACAUGGUUUGAUCCCCCUGUCUCAAAGGUGAUCGCCACCGAAUCCAAUGGCACCAUGCAUGCGAUUGCUGAGGUGUUUAUCGAGAUUCUGGACGAGAACGACAACUUUCCUAUUCCGUUGGCACCGGAAUACGAGGCAGAGCUGAUGGAGAAUACACCGCCAGGUGUUUUAGUCGUUGAAAUUUCAGCUACUGAUCCGGACACUGUCGCACAACCGCUGCACUACCGUAUUACGGCUGGAAAUCCCCAAGGCCACUUCAACAUCGAUUCAGAGACAGGUGUCAUCCGAACCACAGCUCGACCCUUGGAUAGAGAAGCAGUUUUGAAUGAAACAGGUAAAGCGGAGCUCAAUCUGAUGGUGUCCGUAUCAGAUCGUGGAAAGCCUCCGAAAACUUCCACUGUAGUUGUACGUAUUCUUGUAUUGGAUGCAAAUGAUCAAGCCCCACAAUUCAUCCCACUUGGACCAGUUCCUCCGAGAUCCUCAACGAAUAAACCUACACCUACAUAUUACUUCCGCGCCUACUCAACAGAUCUCAGAAAAUCAGGCGGUUGUGUUGGUCGCGUGUUCGCCAGUGAUUUGGAUAACUUGGAAAACGGUACGGUGUUCUACUGGCGCGACACUAUGACCCCAUCGGUUGAGGCGUCUGGCAGUGCCGCCGCUACCGCCACCGUCUUUGAUGUAGACACCCAAACCGGGUUGAUUUGCACAAACCAGAGUUCACCGCCACCUAUCGGCGAAUAUCAUUUGGGAGUGUAUGCUAAAGACCGUGGUCGACCUCCUUGGAUCGCAAACAACAAUUUAGCCACACUUGUUGAGAUCCAAGUUGUCGCCACACCUCAUUUUGCCAAUCUGACUGCAUCUGCUCAGCCGACAACCUUACAAUUCAGUACACCUCCACCGAAGCUGGUACGUGUAUCCGAUCAACAUUUGUCCGGACAUCGACUGUUCACAUUUGGCGUUGUUGAUUCCCUCGACCCGAUGGGUAAUAGUUUGGCAUUCUAUCUGGUCGAUGCCAGUGGAUCAGCUCGCGUUCCGUUCGGACUAGGUCGAAUUGGGUCUGGAGAUGCAUUUGUUUUCUUGGCCGAUCGUGUCACAUUGAAUCGAACCACGAAUUGGUCGUUGGAAUUGAUUGCCUCAAAUGGUCAAGAUCUCCUGGUUGCUAAGAUACUCAUCCAAGUGGAGAACACAAUCCCUUCGCUGCCCAAUUUUAUACCGGAACUGUUUGCCAAAGACUCGGGUGUCCAGUUAACUUGGUAUAAUCUACCGCGUCCCAAUCGUGAUCCGUAUUGCGCUCGUGGACUAGUAGUUCACAUAAAUUUGAGUGAAUCCGUGUUGGUGGGUAGUUUAAUUUGUCGUCUGAGAGCACGUUUGGAUGAUCGUUUGCGCUCGUCAGUUGCAGAUGCACUUCAUUACACCGUAGUCACUGUGGGUCAGCCCAGGACACGAGAGCUAUUCGGAUUGGAUGAGCAUACGGGUGAAUUACAUGUGAUACGAGCACUGGACCACGAGAUAGCAGCCGAACAUUAUCUACACAUUUCUGUAAGAGACUCACGGGAUACUACAAAUCGUGCACGUUUCGUUGCUCUGUUCAUCAAUGUGACCGAUGCGAACGAACACGCACCACAGUUUCUCUCCGCGACGGAAAACUCCGUACCCGUUUCUUCGUUCAUCUUUCCCGUGAUUGGUUCAAGUCCUGUGGGUUCAGUUAUUGGUCGAGUUUUGGCCUAUGAUCCGGAUCCCGGAAUAAACGGUCGGAUCACGUAUAGCAUAAUAGGAGGUGAUACCGCGCAUUUCUUCAACAUCGAUGGAGAAACUGGAGAGCUACGUUUAUCCAAAUCUCUCCUCCCGAACCGCACUCGCAGUAUGGCCACGCGUGGUUUUUCACAGACGAAUCCACUGCUUCCAUCGGUUCUUCAGGCAACCUUUGGUGCCACUGAACCUUGGUUUGGUACUCAUACGCUCAUUGUUUCCGCCCGAGAUGCCGGUCAACCAGUAUCCCGGAGUAAUCAUACACAGGUUUUAGUUCGUAUCAUACCCGGUCCCGGUGGGAUUGAUGUGGCCCCUCCACGAUUCCGACAGUUUGGUGGCGGAUUAGUACGUGUCUCUGUGCCGGAGAAUCGUCCUCCUGGGUAUGUGAUGGCUCCUCUGUCUCGUCUUUUACAGCCUCAAUCUGCAAUACAUGGAUUUCUUCGAUUCCAUUUGAUUAGCUCAACCCCGCUUGAUUGGUCCACACAAAUUAUAAUACCGAGUGACGACCGUCUAUCGAACGCUGACCGAUCCACGAUCAGAUCCAGUCGGCCCGAAUUGUUUCAUGUCACUCCAGACACCGGGUUGCUUAUCACGCUUGUUCAGUUGGAUCGUGAACGACACGGCGAUUUUCAUCGUCUGCUUGUCGAAGUAACCGGAUCUCAUGGUGUUCGUACAGAGCUGGCAGAUUCGAUUGUGUUAGAAAUACAUAUCAUUGAUGAAAAUGAUAAUCCACCAACAAUUGAAUCACCUGCUUACAUUCUGGGCGUGAUCUCCGAAGAUGCCCGACCCGGCACACCCAUAUUUCAAGCAUGUGUGGGGCCAGUGAAUUGUGAUCAAUCCAGUCAUCUCAUCCCAGUUCGUCUGAGUUCAUCCGACCCGGAUCUCGGUCCGAACGGUCAAGUGGUGUAUCGGUUCGUCGGUGCUGAAGCGCGUCAAGCCCAUGAUCUGUUCAACAUUGAUCCGAUCACUGGACUAAUUCGACUCGCACCCAGUCGCGCGUUGGAUCGUGAACAGAAUUCAGAGCACUAUUUGACAAUUGAGGUCUCGGAUGCUGGCACACCUGCACUAACUGCGGAUCACCUGAUUCGUAUACGAGUACAGGUGUCCGAUGUGAAUGACAGUCCACCCGCGUUCCAAGAACCGUUUUCCAUGCGCACACUAACUUUGCCCACCUACCAACAUGAAUUUAUCACCCGGUUACUUGUGACAGAUCCGGAUGUGAACGACACGGUUUCCCUUCGUUUGCUCAGUGGUUUUGAUCAGUUCGUUUUGGAUCCUGUCUCGGGUGAUCUGCGUGUAGCACCGAAUUCCACCCUACUGGAUUUCGGAUCACGCGUGUUCGAGCACACAUAUUUAGUUGAAGUGGAAGCUUUUGACAGUCACCUUCCUGUUCCACACAUCGCACGCACAAAUGUGACCGUAUUUGCACGACCCUUACCGUCCACCUUGAGGAAUGAAGAUGCUAAUUUGAUUGUGGAUCCCGCGAAUGGUCUGGACGUUGAACUGACCGAGCACUACCGGGGCUCAGGACCUCUUCGACUUGGACAGUUUAGCGUCCGGAAUGCACCGAUCGGAUCUUCUCAUCGAUACAUCGUACUCAAUCCUUUACCCGGACUCAUGGUGGAUCAACUAACUGGGACAGUGUACGCUACCGGUGACCAAGGCCCAGAGGAACUCGAUCGGGAACGAACACCCACCCUGAUUAUGAAUAUACUAGUGCGGGAUUGGCACAAUCGCCUGGGUCGUAGCUCUGUACGCAUACGUCUGUUGGAUGUGAACGACCACGCGCCUGAGUUUGUUGGUAUUCCCUAUCAUGCCGUAUUCUGUCUAGGCAUAUCUGGUCGGCCAAAAUCAGAUACUCUCACCGGUGUCGGUACAGGUUCGCGGACGGCUACUGCAGUCACCGUGAUGACCGGGGAAUCGAACAAGUCGGCGAAGGUUUCAUCGACCCAGUCUUGUCACUACAAUCAGUUCAAGGUCACUGCCAUCGACAUAGACGAGGGUCGGAAUGGGACCGUAACAUACAGUUUGGCUAGUAUCCGACCGCGCGCUGAACCACCUUUCCUCUCUAUCAAUCCGAACACCGGUCUAAUCUCCGUGUUACGCAUGAUUCCCCCCGACUGGACCGGACGUCACAUGAUCGCGACGGUAUUAGCCGUGGAUGGUGGUGGUCUGUCAUCGAGUACUACCGUAACCAUUCAUCUGGUCUCGACUGACGGGCCUCGGUUUACCGCAGCGUUUUACACCGCCUCGGUGGCUGAAGCCGUACCGAUUGGUGAGGCGGUCACAACCGUGGAGGUGACUAGUGCACAUCAGAUGGCGAGCUUGAUCUAUCGAAUAGUCAGUGUGAAAGUCGGCACAGAGAAUGUGGAUUCAUCCAAUAUGGUGGCAUUGGAACUGGCGGAUAGCCCCUUUUUGUUGGAAUUCAAUACCGGCAUAAUUCGAUUGGUGUCCAAGUUGGAUUAUGAAACAGCUUCACGUUAUCUACUCUUAUUGGAAGUGCUGGACACUGAAACAAGCUUGUCCGCGCGGACUGAACUAUCCAUCAAUGUGACCGAUGUGAAUGACGUGGCGCCCCGUUUCGCUGUACCUGAACAGACAUUAUUUAUCUCGGAGCGCUGGGCAGUUGGCCACCCGGUGUUCCAUCUCCAGGCCACGGAUCCAGAUUCAGGCUACGGUGGUCAGAUUGUCUAUUCACUGGAACCGCAUCAACCAAGUAGCAAGUUUGCACCGAUUCAGGCGGACCGAUCUGUGGAACCAGUAACCCAUUUCGAAUGUGAUCCAAUCACCGGCUUGAUUCGAUUGACUCGCAAGUUGAACUAUCAUUCCAAUCCAGUGCAUCGGUUCUGGGCCGUAGCUACUGAUCAGGCUGCCAUGUCGUUGAGUUCCCGUAUUCCGAUCACGGUUCAUGUACUAGACUACAAUGACCAUCCACCACAAUUCGAUAUGCCUGACCGAGUGGUGGAUUCUGUUUCGUCCGAUUCCUCUUCUUCGUUGCCCAAUUGUCUAUAUCGGGCACGAAUCAGUGAACGCGCCAGUCCGGGCACGUUUGUUCUUCGUCUGAUGGCCAGUGAUCCGGAUGUGAAUGAUACACUGACCUACCAUAUGACCCCGAAUGCGCCGAAUCGGCAUUCAGAAUAUUUUCGUCUGGGCACCCAAGAUGGCAUUCUGCGCUGGGCUCCAUUCCGCACUGAUCGCGGCGAGGUCGCAUUACAGACCUCGAUGUUGUCAAAAACGUUGACCGAAUUGGACAGCCCGGAUUCCCAGUGGUCCACAUUUGAUUCUUCUGAUGCAGCCUUUCCGACGGACAGAUUGGAAUUUCAGGUAUACGCGUCUGACCAAAUACAUACAACCAUAUGCAACGUUCAAGUGGAAUUAGCUAUUAGCAAUUGGCAAGCUCCAGAAUUCUCUGGAUCGAAACACGAAGUGUGGAAUGUGUCUGAAUCGAUGCCGGUCGGAUCACGAAUUGGUACAAUACAACCAGCUCGGGAUGCCGAUCGUGGACGUUAUGGUCAUGUUACAUAUCAACUGGUCGGAGGACACAAUCGUGACCAGUUUCGGAUGGAUACACGCACAGGUGAUAUGUUCUUGGCCUCUCGAUUAGAUCGGGAAUCGAUUGAUCGAUACCAGUUGUUAGUUCGUGCAACUGAUGGAGGUCAUCUAUUCGAUCAUCUGUUACUCGAAUUGUACGUCACGGAUGACAAUGACAACUGGCCAGUUAUGAUACAGACAAAUUAUGAGAUCACACUGUUUCCUAACGAGUACGACGCCAAAAUCACAUCGAACGGAUUCCCUGUGCGAACAGAUCUGUUCGUGAAAGCCACGGAUGGAGAUCUACACGAGAACACUCAUCUGGUGUAUCGCAUCUUUAGUCAGCCGAAUCACGCGAGUCCUUCAGAACAACAACAAAAAGAACCAGUUCACGCUCAAACAUUCGCCAUCGAUCCGAAAUCUGGACAAGUGAUGGUACAGAAUCCGGUCAGUCGACCCGAUUUGGACGAGUGGCAGUUGUUUGUUGAGGCCUGUGACGCACUGACUACGACCCCUGUGACUUCAGCACACUGUUCAAAUCCAGCCAAAGUACACAUUCGUUUGGCUGCGCGCGAACCACCAAGCCGACCGAGAAUUCAUUGCACCGCCAGUCCCGUUUUGGAGGACAAUCAGCUUUCUGACCGUGAAGUGGCUUUAUGUCAAGUUCAGCCCACCAAUUUGACUGGAGAAUGGAUGCUUACCAGCGUGACCGUAUCACGGACCGGACAACACGCGUCGGUGUUUCGUGUGGAUCGUCAUUCGGGUCGGGUGUUCAACAUAAGACCUUUGGACUAUGAAUUCGCUUCGGCUUAUCUUCUUCGUGUCCAAUUCCGACUGUCCAAUUUCAAACCUGUCGUUCUGGCCCACACGGAAUUUACCAUUCAGUUAGUCGAUGUGAACGACUGCACACCACUUUUGGACUCUCCGAUUUAUCGAAUCGAUGUUCCAGAAGAUCUUCCUACUGGCACAAAUCUGAUUCGACUGCUGGCCGUUGAUCGUGAUGCGGACCGUACAGAUCCUAUCACAUACUCUCUUUGGCCAAUCGGGAUAUUGGACGCUGAACUGUACUCGGCACUGCGUGAAGCUGCUCGAGGACUCCAUACAUUUCCUGGUUCAGAUUCAGAGAUUGCAUCCCUUCGUCAGAAGUUUUCUGUCAAUUCUCGUGGGUGGAUCACUCUGAAAGGUUCACUUGAUUUUGAGUCACAAUCAGAACACACCUUUAAGGUUGUCGCAAUGGAUGCCGUGGGUCAUUGGAAUGCCAGCUCGGUGAUUGUAUCCGUGAUUGACAUAAAUGAUAAUGCACCACAUUGGCCAACUCGCGAAUCAUCCAACGAUCCACUAGAACACAUUCUCUUCUCAGACAUUUUGCGUCGGCAGAUCUUAUACGACGAAGUCAAUGUUUCCGAGAAUUUCAUGCAUGUAGACGGUGAAUUGAUCUAUCAACUGACUGUUGUAGAUCCCGAUAGGGAAGUCGCUUCCUCUCCCAUAUUUUAUAUCGUCACGGAUGCGGAUCAAGAUUCGACCUCUUCGCCCUCGCGGAUGUCCACAUCAAGCGCGUCUACCUUUUUCUCUGUUUCAAAUUCUGGGGCGGUUCGUCUCCGACGUCCAUUGGACCGUGAAUUGGGUGGUUCAUACACGUUAAAGUUCCGUGCGUCUGAUGGUUUGUUCGUCACCAAUGAUGUGUUUGCCUUGAGAGUGAACGUGGUUGACGUGAAUGACAAUGCACCCAUCUGUUCACAGCCCGAACGUCAUUUGUCCGUGUUUGAAAAUACACCCAACGGGACAAUCUUGGCUCGUCUUAUCGCAACAGAUGCGGAUGCGGAACAUAUCAAUUCCGUGAUUACCUACAUCCUGGUUUCCGGUGAUCCUGCUCUAUUCUCCGUGAAUGAGACAACCGGUGAAAUACGUUUAGGCGGCCCACUUGAUUACGAGACGAAACCAGAUCACACAUUGACUGUUCAAGCCACUGAUGUGGGUCAACUAUCGUGCGCAUUUAUAGUCCAAAUCAGCGUCCUCGAUGUGAAUGACAAUCCACCCGUGUUUGAUCCAGUCCAUAUCAACCCGAUUCCCGAAGAUGCCCCAAUCGGCAGUCUUGUGGGCAAAGUGACCGCACGUGAUCCUGACACAGUCGAUGCUAAUCGCCUUAUCUACUCUUUGGUCGCUGCACACGAAGCCAGCUUUAGUAUUGAACCGCACACUGGAUUACUAAAAGUGAGCAAAACUUUGGAUCGUGAGACUCAAAAUGUUCACAAAUUGACCAUCCUUGUACGUGACGGACCUCUCUCGUCUCUGUCCGAAUCGUCUUCGUUUCUAUUGAAAACCAUUGCUGGUGCUACCGCGCCUCCCGGUACCUCUACCGUUGUUGAACAUCGGUUUACGGCCACCACAUCUGUGACGGUGCAAUUGUUGGACGUGAACGACUCACCACCUCAGUUUGUGAAUAUUUCGGCGCACAAAUUGAACGUAUCCGAACUGGCCCCCGUCGGUCGUUGGCUUACACGCGUGCGCGCGGUCAGUCAGGAUGAGGGCACAAAUUCGUUGAUACACUAUCGCUUGUUAACAAAACAGGGCGAAUUUGCGUUGAACCAAACAACAGGUGAUUUAACGCUGCAGAGUGAGCUGGAUCACGAGCGUGCUGAUGCCUACUUCCUGACCGUGGAGGCUAGGGAUCAUGGAAAGCCGCCGCUGAGCGCCACCGCAGUGGUCACUGUGAAUGUGGACGACGAAAAUGACAAUCGACCACAGUUUGUUGGACGUCAACCGUUACCGUCCACUCUGCUUCUUCUUCCUUCGCCGAGCGAAUCCAAACCAGAUCCGGGCGAUUCGACUGCCGCAGGAGAAUAUUUCUACAGUUUCAGUAUAUUGGAGAACAGUCAAAAUGGCAAAGAAGUUGGUCGGCUGAACGCCGUGGACGCAGACAGUGGUGACAACGGACGUUUGGCAUACACCCUGUUGACAGCGAAUGAGACUGCCCCUUGGUUUGGCCGACUCAAUCGGACGGCACUUCCACCGGACACCGAAUUAUUGACCGAUCCGAUUUCACCAAGCCGACCCCGAUUCCGAUUGGAUGCUGAUUUUGGACGCCUUAUUGCUCUGUUUGAACCAGAUCGUGAACUGGUCAGCGAGUAUUGGCUAGUCGCUGCAGUGGCUGAUCGAGGUCGACCAGUCUCAUUGACUAGUCAUACUCUGGUCCGUGUGCGUAUUCUGGAUAUCAAUGAUUGCCCUCCGGUGUUCGAGAAACCCAGUUACGAAUUUAUUGUUGAGGUCGACCGUGCUGGGAAUGUCAGUGGUUGCUAUCAAAGCCAGCCCACAGAAGGCGACGUGCCCCAGGCGAAUUGUCGCAAAUCCGAGGGUGAUCGUGUGCUGAUUGGGCGUCUUCGACUCACAGAUACGGAUGCUCCACCUAACUCCGGUCCAUUUACCUGCCAGUUGACACACUCCGGUGCAAUACAGUUGACUGGAGAUUCCGCACGUGCUGGAGCCUUAUUUUCCGUGCGAAAUACUUCCUCCGGAUUGUCACAACAUGACGACGGGAGCGGAGAAAGGGCUAUCUCUUCAAGAGAUGGAAAUUACACGACGGGCGAGUGUUUAUUGUACGCCGUCGAUCGUCUUCCGGUUGGUAGCCAAAGCCUCGUGAUUCGUGCGAAUGACAAUGGACUGACCGCUUUGCAUACCAGUGUCACGGUCACUGUACGUGUGAUACGUCAGGCUAAUUUACCACCGGAAAUUGUUCGUGGCAAUGCCACUCUUACCUACUAUCGCGGUGGUGGUAGAGGUAGCACGUUUGUCGCCCCGUCCCACAGUUCUGCAACUCAAGCCGAUUUGGUCAUUGCUCGGGUCACUGUAAAAGACCGGACUGCACACGACCGACUAACAUUCGAAUUACUCCCGGAUAGUCCCAGUGCCGGCCUGUUUCGCGUAGAUCCGUAUGAUGGAACUGUUCGAUCCGCCUCAUCUACCGGAAUGGCGGCGGAUGCAUCUACUGAACCUGGUCCGGAUAAUCGUCUCUCUCUGGUAUCGGUAGUGCGCAAAGUACCGCCUCUGAGUCGACUGGAUUCUGGAUUGUAUCCGCUACGAAUUCGAGUAACAAACGGAUCUUUGGCCUCAGAAGAAACUUUGUACAUCAGGGUAGUAGCAAUGACAGAAGAAAUGCUAGAAUCGGCCACAGUUGUACGUGUGUCCAAUCUCCUGCCAAAUCUAUUCUAUAUGGAAAGUUACGAUCGGCGUCUUCGCGUCUACUUGGCAUCAGAAUUACUUUCUGAUCAUCCAACAGUUACUGGACGCCUGAAUGAGGAUCUGGUAUCCUCUUCUCUAACAGAUCAAGUGUACAUACUGUCCGUGCAAGAAGCGGAUUUGGCCGUACCACGAGAUCCACAUUUGAGAUCCGUUCGUGCACCACGGAGCCUAAAUCGGGCAGUGGACGUGCUGGUCGCGAUUUAUGAUUCACGGACGAGAAAGUUCCUCGAACCUUCAGUCAUUGCGCAAGCUGUGAACAGGAUUGCGGAUACACUAUCCGGAGAGUUUGGUGGUCAGGUGGAAGUGAUUCACGACGUGUGUACACCGCAGUUUUGUCCACGUGGUCAGUGUGUGACUAAAAUUACCGUUGAUCCACACGGACUAACCAACCGUAUCGAGAUUCACCGAGUCAGUCAAGUCUCACCUCGAUUCAGUCUGACUCCGGUUUGUCAAUGUCCGCCACAUUUCACCGGCCUACGAUGUGAUAUCCCGACCGAUGGAUGCUCGUUGGCCAAGUGUCCCCAACACCGAGUUUGUAUUCCACAAGGUGGUUUAGAUGGCCACGUGUGUGUCUGUCCCCCACCACGAACCGGGUCAAACUGUGAAUCUGUGGCACCGAUCGGAUUGCGUGAUGCUUGUUUCUCUGUCGAGUGUUUUCGUGAUCGAGAACAUGGCGCACUUCAAUUCAGCGGUGGUUCGUUCAUUCACUGGGAACUACUUCAUGCCAGUCCGUUUCAUCUUGAGCUAAGCUUUGAAAUGCGCACGCGACAAAGCAACGGACCGGUGCUGGCGGUUCGCUGGAGUGCACUUCGUGCUUUUCAACUUCGUUUGGCUACGGGCGGUCGAUUGGUGGUCUCAUCAACCGGUCUUUCAGAUGGGUUGACUUCCUCUGAUUGGCUUGUUUCAACCGACCCGAUCUCAGACGGUCACUGGCACUCUGUCCGACUCAUCCUUACCGCAACCGAGGGGGGACCGGGCACAGAGGAGAAUGAUGCGUUGUUUUUCCGACCAUUUGAAGAUUCGGAGACUUCUGCUGACCCGACAACCCACCGUUUAUCCGAUCACACUCGAAAUGACUAUUGGUGGAUUGAAUUGACCUUGAACGGGAUUCAUCCACGCUCGGCCUCGAUUGAUUGGGCUCCAGGAGACCCCGUCCAGCAAGGGAUUUUGUUCGGAGCGGAUCUCAUCGACGGUUUUCGACCAUUAUCUCCUAAUCCAUCAUUGGACAAAGCUCCUGUUUUGGGACGAUUCACACGUCUGGGUCAAUAUGCUCAGAACGGGACUGGUGAGGAAGAGUUCCCUGUUAUGCGAUCCGGUCUUGUAGGUUGCCUCCGAAAUGUACGUAUCAACCGGAUCAAACCACCUUAUCAGGUGAACUAUCCGGCCGCCUUUUCUCCGACGCAGUCUGCUCAUCUCGCUUCCGUAUUGAAUCCAGUCGGGAGCCCGAUCCUUGUGCGUACCCAUCAGCUCAUUUACGGAUGCGAUCCGAGCACUACCGUGUCCGGCUCAUGCAGUGCUGGACCGUGUUUACACGGUGGUGUAUGCAUUCCAAAACAUGGCUCUGCUAGUCCAUAUACAUGUCAGUGCCCACCGCUAUUUCACGGUCAUCAUUGUGAACGGACCAGUGAUGCAUGUUUGCUCAAACCGUGCCAGAAUGGUGGCAGCUGUCAACCCUUGUUCGGAUCCAGUGUCGGUCCGAGUCCCACUAGUUCCGGUUUGGCCGCCUAUCGUUGCGUUUGUCCGGCUGGUGUGUCUGGAUUGCACUGUGAACUAAUUCAUGGUGGUUCAGGGACGGAACCAGUCUCCUCCUCCGCUUCUUCUUCGAGCAAACAUUCAAGCCAGUCUGCCAGUGUUGGAUGUCGUGCUGCGCAGUUGGUACUUCAACACACUGUUGCACCACGUCGUCGACAUCAUACGUCUGCUUGGAAUUAUGCGGUCUCUCAUCCAAACCAGAUUUCCUCAGUCAGCUUGAGCAAAACACCGAUCGUUUGUUUGCACGGUGGACAUUGCCUGGAAUCACCAAGCGGUCCGGUUUGUUCGUGUCCAAUCGGAUGGCAAGGCGGUCGCUGUGAACAAGACAUCGACGAGUGCGCACUCGCGGACUCGCUGUUCGCGCGACGUCGUUCACGCGGUACCAGUCAUCAUGCAUUUCUGGUGAGCAGUAGUGGACCGGGCUCAUCUGCCUCAUCCGACCUGAAAUGGAUCGAUUCAGCCGCGGGUGGUUUGUGCAGUCCGUAUGAGAUCGGUCGUGGUGUGUGUGUGAACACACCGGGUUCGUAUCGAUGCAAUUGUUCGCUGGGAUUUGGUGGACGGCAUUGUCAGUCCAAGAAUCUAAUCCCCUUGACCCCGGAUCCCAACGCGCUCGGCUUGACGCAGUUACACGUAUACAUCAUUGUCGGACUGUUGGCCUUUUUAUUCCUGGCUGCCUUAACUACCAUUGUCUUGUUGGCUUGUCGCGCACGCGGUUUUCUCGGUUGUUCUGUGGGCCCUAAUGGACGCGAGGUGAAAGCUAACGGGUCGUACUGGUGGCCAGGGUCAAAACAACAGUCUCCACACCCCGGUUCUCUGUCUCAUCCGCACAAACAAGCAGCUCCGUCACCUGAUCCACAGUUCUAUCGGUACAAUCAUUCCGCUGGUAGCAGUUUGGCCGGUGUCCCAUUUCUGACCCCACAUCCCGGUCAUUCUGCUCAUCCCAGUCGAGUUGGCACUCAGUCUAGUGUCCGUGGUUUUGCCACCACCUAUGGGCCUGUGACACAUCGGCGUCCGUCACUUGCGUCGUCUACAUUUAUCAUACCCACUGGCACUGACGAUAGUUCCACAGCCCUGUUGGCCGGACAACAUGAGGGUGUCAAACGAGACAGCCGUGGAAGUACAGCACCCACAAUGACAGACUACAUAGAUCGGGAAGAUUUGUCCGGAGCCGGACAAUCCCAUCUAGUGUUGUAUCCGACUUCCACCGGUGAACAUGUUCCCGUGGUCAUGAUGAUGUCGCCAGCUAUGUCUUAUACAGUUCCCGCAAAUACGGUCGGCAGCCGUACGGCUAUCAUGCCUCGUUAUUCACCUGCCUCGUCCAUGGUAUUUUACGGUCCAGCCACCUUGUCCGGUACGGGCACUCCAACCAAUCAGGGCAGUUCCUCGUACAUUGGCUACAAUCUGGACGCACCCAGUUCGGCCUGUAUUCCUUCCCGUCAGAUGCAUCCAGCCUCACCCGUAGCAUUCUAUCCGGCCACACCACAUGGCACUUAUUUGUCAUCCCACCCAACUUCACAGACACAGUUUGUUCAGUUUGUCGGGAUGCGACCGAACUCCGUAAUCGGCUCCGAUCGGUUAUCGUUAGGCUCUGGCAGUGAUCGGAUCUCGGCACACAGUAGUCAAGUUUUGGUCCCACCGUCUCAACAGCAGCAACAUCAACAAACAAACGUAAAUCAAUCCAUACCUGGCUCGCAUAUUCCGGCAGCUGCUUUUGUUCAAUACCACACGCCACAAGUCAUUCACGGUUCUCGAGGCAUGAUCAACGCGCAACCGAUUGUUCAUCCGGUCUCGAUAGAGCAUUCUGUUCCAGACACGAAGACGGAACAUCCAACAGAUAUGGAAUUUGUGGACAACGAUCCUGAUGACUUAAAUGGAACUCUGCGCUCUGGCAAGACUGUAACACUGCGACCAAAUGGCACUCGCAUGGUGUUGAAUCCUGGUGCUGACAUGAACUCUCAUCCACGUUCAGAUUAUCAGAAACCACGUCCGCUCCCACCCAACUUGCAUCAUGGUCCUGGGGGAUCACCGGUGAAAGCAAAUGAUCACAAAGACCGUGCGUGGCGUGAUCAAUCAGUUUGCCAUCAGCCGUCCAAUGCUUCAAUGAUUCGGAUUCCUCCCUCAGACCCAAGUAAUUAUCGUCAUGGUAGACCUCCAAACUGUCGACUAUCUUCCGCCACCCAACCAAUCUGCUUCGUUGCACCGGGGAAUACGGCUCACAGUCAGUGGUUACCUGCUGUUGUUCUCCAUGCCGUUUCUCACCCGGCGGUCUGCCCGAAAACGUAUCCAGUAGUUGAAGGACCGGCUGAUACCACGUACAGCGUUGCGCCGUGUCCGCCGGAUCUCGGACCAACGAAGAAAGCCUCGUGUUCUUCCAUGGGAUUUCUGAACACGUCUUCUGCUGGCGUACACCAUCCAGUACCAGUUUGUUACAGAUCGAUGGAAUGGGACAGCCAAAAUGCUCCAAAUCAUCCACUUUUGCAAUCCCGUGUAUCUGGGUUCCGUGAUUCAUUAGGACCACAUCACCCCAGCAGACUAGAUACUUCUUUACUUAAUCCAGAGACGCGGUUCUCUCAGCGUCAUUUGAGCAGACCUUUGAGUCAACAUAGGGGUGCAUUGGGAGCGGCUGCCCGACGCAGUGUGCGUCAUUGGCGUAAUCAGUCGAAUACUGGUUUAAACAGUGGGUUGCCUCCACUGGUUUCGAAUCGACCUUGCUCAGCUUAUCUAGCUGGCUCCUUACCUCCGAUCCACCCGAAUCAUCGUCUCUGCACGGGUCUAUCCAAUCCAGAUCUCCUGCCGCAUCAAAACAACAUCGAGAACAACGGAACCGAUACUAAGUCGGUAACAAAUGCUCACCGAACGGACGAUCGCUCUAACGCACCGCUUGCAUUUGUGGAUGAAGUGCCACUGCACGAGCUCAAGUCGAGCAGUCGUGGUCAUUCGAAUCGAUUGCUAAGUUUCGCCCCAGUCAUCAAUCGUGAUUCCGCUUUUCAUCAGACCACGCGAAAUCGAGUCAGUGCGGAGCAAGCGGGAGUAGUGCUUCCACAGAGGAAAGACUCAUUGAAACCGUCACCAGAACAUGGCUUUUGUCCGAACGACGGACUGACGGGAGGAACAAAUCAUAUAGCACAGAAUGGGACUUCCGAUUCCGCUCACAGUUCCAAUUCUCUAGAAUCUGACCGUCCCGAAUCAGCCGUUUUCAACUCUCUCACGUUAGAAGAUGGUCUAUCAAAUGGCAGUGAUGAUUACAAUUCGAGCACACUUCGUGCUCGUUCUCACCAAAUGAACGGCUGUUACACCGAAGUGAAUCACGAUCCAUCCGCGUGA